AUGUCAGUUGGAAUAGAACCGCCAAUGAAAAAGAUGAAAACUAUUUUAGACAGUGAUUUUAACAUGAAAACAAUUGAUAAGUGUAUAGAAGAUAUUGAGAGUUCUAAAAAUAAUUUGGAACCUGUAUUAGGUGAAGAUUUUGGUGAAACAUUACAAUUAGUUAAAGUGUUUGUUGGUAUCACUAAAGAUCCUAAAGAUUUGUCAAAAAUUGUUACAACUCUGAAUGAAAAAGUUCCAUUGAAACAGUUACAACAUUUGAAAAGAGUAAGAAAAAAGCAGGUAAUAUUAUGCCCAGCGAGUUAUAUAAUUGGAGUAUCCUCCAUACAACAAUUUAUAGAAAGUACUGUUGUGGAACUAAAAGAUUCAUUUCAAUAUUUCAAAGAAAUGGAUGUACCACUUACGGGUCCUAGGUUACAAAAACAAUUCAAGGAGUACAAUAAAAUAUGGUCCUGUAACUUUCAUCCUAAUGCUUACUUAGAGAAACUUACAAGUGGGGAUUUUUUUAAUUCAGUGGAUCUUAAUUAUCAUAGAACAUAUAUGAAGAUGGCCUUUGAAGUAUCCAGAUGGUUCAUACAGCACAGUAAUAUAACAAAUUCUAUUGAGGAUGUCUACAGAGAUAUAAACGGAGCGAUAGUAGUUGAUCCUACUAUACAGUCAGUGGUGGCUGUAUCUUUUGAUAAUCGUGAAAAUAAUCCUAUUCAACAUUCUGCAAUGUUAGCUAUAGAUAAUGUCGCAAAGACUCAAAAUGGUGGUGUGUGGUUCGAGACUGAUUAUAAAUCUAGUGGGACACAUAGUGUUAGUGAUGAAUUGUUAACAUAUUUAAAAUUUAAAUUUCCCAGUGUUAAAUUCGGUUCAAGAGAAUAUAUUAGUAAAAGAGACAAUGCUAGUGAUGAAUCUAAUCGAGCGUACGAGAUAUCAUCGAUUACAUCCAGCGCGGUUGAGAUAGAACCAGAUACUACUGACUGA